AUCCUACACACAAGGUUCAAUUUUCUGAAGCCAAUUAAUCUUCAAACCUGCACGCUUUUGGAAUUUGGAAGAUUACACUCUGUCCCUGGUGCAAUUUGUAAUUUCCACAACGCUGUACGAUCACUCACGUUUACAUUGGAAACAAGCUGGCAAUUGUGGCAGUGCUUACAUAGGAGAUCGCAAAUGCCACAGAUGCAGCUGGAUUCCGCUGACAGUUAACAUUCGGCAUAGUAGUGCAGUGGUAGAGCUGCUGCCUUACUGCACCAGAGACCCAGAUUUAAUCCUGACCAUGGGUGUUGUCUGUAUAAAGUUUGUACGUUCUCCCUGUGGCCGUGUGGGAUUUCCACAGGUAUUCCAAUUUCCUCCCACAUUCAGGUUUGUAGGUUGUGUAGGAAGGAACUGCAGAUGCUGGUUUAAACGAAAGAUAGACACAAAAUGCUGGAGUAACUCAGUAGGACAGGCAGCAUCUCUGGAGAGAAGGAAUGGGGGACGUUUUGGAUCGAGUCUCAAGAAGGGUCUUGACCUGAAACGUCACCCACUCCUAUUCUCCAGAGGUGUCGCCUGCCCUGCUGAGUUACUCCAGCAUUUUGUGUCUAUCAUCAGAUUUGUUGGGUAAUUGGCUUUAGUAAAGAUUGUAAGUUGUCCCUAGUCUGUAGGAUAAUAUUAGUGUAUGGGGAUCACUGGUAGGCAUGGACUCAAUGGACUGAAGCACCUGUUUCCGUACUGUAUCUGUAAACUAAAAACUAAAAAAACACCGAGCAGACGGGUAGAUAAAUGUAAGAUACAUAUCAACCACAAUCUCAUUGCAUGGGAGGAAACAGUGCCACUUAACAAUCAGCAAAGUCAUCUAUGUGUGGAGCCACAGGAAAUGGGUGAGAUGUUAAAUUAAUAUUUCUCAUCUGUAUUUGAGUGGAGAAAGGCUUGGAUGCGAGGGAUCUUGGAGAAUUUAAUAACGAUACCUUAAAGAGAGUUCACAGUACAGAAGAGAUGCUGGAGCUUUGAAAAGUCAUAAACGUCGAUAAAUCCCCAGGACGAGCAAGUAUAGUUUAGUUUGGUUUUGUUUAUUGUCAGUGUAAAGCUAUUUUGUUGCGUGCUAUCCAGUUAAUGAAAAUACUAUACAUGUUUACCAUCAUGCUGUCCACAGUGUACAGAUACAGGAUAAAGAGUAUAUAAUUUAGUGCAAGAUAAAGUCUGAUAAAGUCCGAUUAAAGAUAGUUCUAAUGACUCCAUUGAGGUACUGUAGCUGGAAGGUCCGGACUGCACGCUAGCUGGUGAGAGAAUGGUUUAAUUGCCUGCUAACAGCUGUGAAUAAACUGUUCCUGAAUGUUGAGGUAUGUGUUUUCAAACUUCUGCACCUCUUGCUUGAUGGGAGAGGGGAGAAGAUUGAAGAGGGGGUGAAACUGGUCCAUAAUUAUGUUGGUGGCCUUGCCAAGACUGCGUGAAGUGUAGAUGGAGACCAUGGAAGGGAGGUUGGUUUGCCUGAUGGUCUGGGCUUCAUCUACAACUCUCUGAAAUUUCUUGUGGUCUUGGAUGGAGCUGUUCCCAAACCAUGCUGUGAUGCAUCAGGAUAAAGUGUCUUCUACGGCGCAUCUGUAGAAGUUGCUGAGGGUUGUUGAGGAUAUGACAAACGUCCUAAGCCUUCUAAGUAAGAUGAGGUGUUGGUGUGCUUGCUUGACCAUUGCUUCACUGUAGCUUGUCCAGGACAAAUUUCUGGUGAUAGUUAUUCCUGAAAACUUGAAGAUAUUGACCAAUUUACUUUGACGUUAUCAAUGCACAAUGUGGUGUGUGUACUGCUUCCCUUGCUGAAGUCAAUCAUGAUCUCCUUAGCGUUGCUGACAUUGAAGGCAAUGUUGUUGUUUUGACACCAUGUUACUAGGUUCUCAAUCGCCUUCCUGUACGCCAUCUCAUCAUUGUUUAAUAUCUGGUGCGUGACAGUGGUGUCAUCUGUGAACUUUUAAAUUGAGUUGGAUUGGUAUAUUGCUGCACAGUAUUGAAUGUAUGAGGAGUGCAGUCAGGGGUUGAGAAUAAAUCCUUGCAGGCACCAUUAUUGAGGAUUAUCGUAGAGGAUGAUUUGUCACCUAUCCUCACUGAUUGUCAUCUGUUGGUCAGGAAGUCGAGGAUCCAGUUGCAGAGGGGUGUGCUGUCUCCAACCUCCAUGUGUUUGGAGAUGAGCGUGGUUGGGAUAAUGGUAUUGAAAGCAGAGUUGUAGACUAUGAAUAGGAGACUAUUCAUAAAUUCAUGAAUAGGAGACUAUAUAGGAGAGUAUAUCCUCGGACCGUGGGAAACUGGGGAAGAAAUUGCAGAAGCUCUGGCAGAGAUAUUUCUUCAUCAAUAGCCAUGAGUGAGAUGCUGAAAGACUGAAGAAUCGUUAAUAUUAUGCCUCUAUUUAAGAAAGGGGUCAGGAAAAGCCUGGGAACCACAGGCCAUUGAGCCUGACAUUAGUGCUGGGUAAGUUAUUAUGACAGAUAGGAAUGACCUGCAUUUGGAAAGGCAAGUAAUGAUUAGUGGUGGUCAGCCUGCGUUUGUACAAUUAUUGUAAACCAAAGCCUUGCAGGAACCCCCUUGCAAAAUCAGCCCUUUUAAUUUCUCUGAUGCAAGGUCUCCAAUCGAAGAUAUCUACUAUCCCUUUGCCUCUGCAGAUGUUGCUUGACCCACUGAGUUUUUUUCCAGCAGUUUAUUUCAUUCUGCCAGAUUCCAGCAUUUUCAAUCUCUAGGAUCUCCUCGAUUUUCCCUAUUUGUAAAUAAUUCUCUUUUUUUUUGCAGAUCAAUUUUAUUACUGCUUUAAUAACUCGAUACAUCAAGGCAAAUGUUUAUCCAUGAGGUAUCAAUGAAAUAACAUAUUAAGCCGGAAGAGUAAAUGGAGCUAGAGGAUGUUUUGGUCGGCGAAUCCACCUUUGGAUUUUUGCAGAAACGUAGAUUCACUGCAAGGCAAAGUGUGGCUGAGAUAAGAAGUAAAAGCCAUGUCCAACUGAAACCAGAAUCCAAUAACUACAUAUGGAACAGGAAGCCCCCUGACUUCACUCCAAAGCUCUACAUAUCUACGGCAACAUAUGCUGAGAAAAUGGUUUGGAAAAAGAAUAAAGAUUUUAAAGAGGCAAAAAUAAGUAGAAAGGUUAUUUUUCCAGAACUCGUUUUGAAGAAACGGACUUCAAACUUUGUCUGCAGGUUUAAAAUUAUAGACCCUAUUGAAGCAAAGAUUAAGUUUGUAAAGUCUGGCAAGUAUGAACUUGGUGCUUAUAAAGAUCCAAAGCCUCAUGAUUUCAGACAGUAUGAGGCUGGUAUUCCGAACUUUGUGACCAGUUUUGGCAGAGAUCCGUUUACCAUGAAAUUUGAAUCAGGCUAUUUAAAAACAGUUCAUGAACCUCUCUUAAAAGUUGAGCAAGAAAAUGGUUUAACUGCCCAGGUUUUCGAUACCUAUAAACCUGAAGAGCUCAAGUGGGAUUCUCAACUCAUUCUGAUGAAAGAGCAUUGGCCACCCAGACCAGCUUCCUACACGAGGCAUAGAAGGUCUCGGGAUGCUUACAGUGCCUUCAUGGACCGGGUAGAAGAAAAAGUUACAAAGCUUUGGCAAAAGGUGGGUGAAGAACAGGAAUACCCCAAAUGUAAUUAUAAAUGUUUAAAUAACAUUACUUCAUAGUUAGUCAAAAGAAACAAUGUUGAUCAGAUGAUUUAUCCUCAAACAUUUCCAUGUUAAUUGAUAAGAACUUGGUAAAGGAGGAGGAAAAUUAUUUUGGUUGUUUUGGGUAAUCAAGUUUAGUUUUAGUUUAGAGAUACAGAGUGGAAACAGGCUCUUUAGCCUGCUGAGUCCACACCAACCAGCAAUCCCUGCCCAUUAACACUACCCUACACACACUAGGGACAAUUUAACAUUUAUAACCAAGCCAAUUAACCUGCAAACCUUUAAGUCCUUGGAGUGUGGGAAGAAAUCGAAGAUUUUGGGAAAACCAACGCAGGUCACGGGGAGAACAUACAAACUCCAUACCGACAAGCACCCGUAGUCGAGAUUGAACCCGGUUCUCUGGCGCUAUAGUCAAUGAAAGUAAGCAUGCAGGUACAGCAGGCAGAGAAGAAAGCAAAUGGCAUGUUGGCCUUCAUAACAAGAGGAGUUGAGUAUAGGAGUAAAGAGGUCCUUCUGCAGUUGUACAGUCCUAGUGAGACCACACCUGGAGUAUUGUGUGCAGUUUUGGUCUCUAAAUGUGAGGGACAUUCUUGCUAUUGAGGGAGUGCAGCAUAGGUUUACAAGGUUAAUUCCUGGGACGGCAGGACUGUCAUAGGCUGAGAGAAUGGAGCGGCUGGGCUUGUAUAUGGCCUAUUCCUGCACCUAUUGUUUAUUGUCUAUAAGGCAGUAGCUCUACUGUUACACCACCAUGUCGCCCCUCAGGAUUCAAGAGAUGGCUGACGAAGCGAAUGUGGGGGCUGCAGCAUCUUUUACAGAUUGGGUAGGAGGUGCCUGAUAGCAUGGUUGGGUGGGUUGCUAGAGACGUAGCUAGGGAGGUAGAACACUCAUUUUCCUCCCAGGUUGUCCGUGUGGUGCUCCAUCUCCACUUUGAGUGACAUGGGCCACUGAGAUUUCCAGGAGCUAGUGAGGGUGUUUCAAUUCUUCAAGUGGACCUUGAGUACAUCGCUGAAUUAGUCCUACUUCUACUCGGCAAUCUCUUCCCAUGGUAAAGCUCAAAAUAGAGCAUCUGUUUGUGGGUCUGGUGUUCGGAAGGCAGAUGACAUGGCCCACCCAAUGUGGCCAACUAUGUGCAACAGAGGCCCCAGUGCUGGUGCUCCAGGCUUAGAAAAGCACAAUAGUGUCCUCAUCCUUCCUGUGAAUUUGAAGGAUUUUGAGAAGGUAACACCACUAGAACCUUUCCUAUCUUGUUGUUGUAGCCCAAGUCUCAGGAUCAUGGAGAAGGGCAUGGAUUACUUAUAGGAGCUGAUGACAUAAUUAGAACCAUUUUUUCUUGAGAGACUUUGAAAAGCUAACAUGAAAUUGAUACAGAAAUGUCAAUAGUAAUAUUAUCUGAAAUACCACUGAAAUGUGCAGCAGGUGUGAGGAGCUUGGCUGGCAGAAAAUGUCAUGAGAAAAUAUGAUGUUAUAUAACCAAUAACAAACAUUACAGAAUGAAAAGCAAGAGAGGGAACAUAAGGAAAAAUAUGAUGGGGAAUAGGAAAAUAGCACAUGCAUUAGACAAAUGGUUUGUAUUUCUCCCCGAAAUGUGCUCGAAAUCCUUGUUUGAAUGCAGUCAAUCAGCUUUGUUCACCUGCCAUGAAUCUGCUCUUUGCAAAGUCACAAAUGAGGUCCCUAAUGGUUGCAAUAAAGGAGAGACUGCCAUAAAUCUCAGAUCUAUUUGCAGCUUUUGGCAGGUUUGACCCCAACAGCCGUCACCAAGCCUCUCCACAUCACUCCGCUGGGUGAGACGGCAACUCCACUGGAUGCGGGUUUAACGUGGCUGAGAAUCACCCACAAUAGCUUUUCUUCCUGCUCUCAGCCUUUACAAGGAUAUAAACCUAUCACACUUCCAUUUCUCAUUUACAUUUAAAGCCACGUCAUCAGUUUCCAUCCUGGCUCUCAGCUCCAUCUCACCGCCACUCUUUCAUGUUCUCUAUGUUCAAUGUUCGAUAUUCAGGGCAAAAAAAAAGCAGGCAUUACCUCCAAAUAAAUAAUGGGAAAACUAAAGUAAUGGCCUUCAGCUUCCAUUAGAAACUUAAUUCUACUAUUGAUUAUAUCCCUCUUACUGGUAAUUGUCUAAAUAUGAACCAAUUUGUUUGCAGCCUUGGGGUCAUAUUUGACCGAAGAUAAACUUCCUCCGUCAUCCAGUCCCUACAAUAAUAUUCUUUCUUGAUGCAGGUUUCAUCCUGAAAAAUGUCAGUAAUUUCUUUCCACCCUGAGAUGCUCCUCAACCAGCUUUCCUCUGGCAGAUUGCUUGUUGCUCCAGUAAAUGUCAGUGCUGUAUAACUAAACAAACUAAACUACAAUGUUGUUUAUUUCUGUUUGGUAAAAUUAUCAGAUUCUUAACUCCCAUCAUCUCCAUUUCUGCUGAAAUCAUCUACUUUAUAUACUUUAAAUUUACUAUUUCAACUGCACUCUUCACAAAUCUCUCAAUCUAGCAUUGAUAAAUAGUUAUCUAUGUUGUAACAAACAUUCGAUCUUGGUUGUCUAUCAUUCCUAAGCUGGCUGAUUCAAAUUGCAAUGUUUCAAUACAGUGUGAUCUCAAUUUUCUCAUCUUUAUUUUUACUUUAGCCCAUUAUUUUUACUUCACCCCUCCCCAUCUCUGUCCUACAAGUUUCAAUGACAUCUGCUUCCAAUUCUUGUCUCAAGAUCAACCUAAUAUUCUACUGAAUGCUAUAUCAUGAGACAAUUGCUUUCCUAAAUACUCUUCCUGACCACCUCUGCCUUUUUAUGACAAUUCUUAAAAUCUACCCUACCGAUAAAUGUUUUGGUCAUCUGGUCGACUAUUUCUUUAAAUGGUUGAUAUUAAAUUUUAUUUGCUUCCCAUGAAACACCUUGUAAUUGUUGAGCAGACUCAAUGAAUUAUUUAGUCUUGUUUCAAUGGAACAAAUCUCAGCCAUGGACAUCAGCAUCUAAAGCAGUGGUUCUUAACCUUUAUGGCACCAGUAUGCGCAUACGCGAACAAAAUACUAUAUGUGGUAUGUACCUUUGUUAGGUUCCUAAACAUGGGUUCAACAAAUUGAUAUGUUAUAUGUGUCCAUUUCAUGACUCCCGGCAAGCCCCAAAUGACUCCCAGGUUAAACAGAGAAGCAU